GUUUGUCAAAGUAUUGAUGCGGUGGUUUGAAUCACGUUUGAAUUGAAGUGCGAAGCUUCGCAUUUCUUAUUAAUUGUCCUUUGUUUUUACUUAAAGCAUCGUAAUAGAUGAGUGUUGUUUUUAAGUGUGUAAUAUAUAAGUGAUUUUUGUGAUAAUAAGUGUUGAACGUGACAACCAUGGUCUUAGCUGAGAGAAAUAAUGAUGUUCGUAACGGGAAGCGUUCGAGAGGACCAAGCCCCAAUGGGCACGGAAGUCCAGAUUCAAGUUCCGAAGAAGAAAAUGUAGUGCCAUUUGCAGCUGAGAAAAUAAGAGUUGGACGAGACUAUCAGGCCGUGUGUCCUGAGCUAGAGCCAGUGGAACAAAGAAAACCUGAUCAAAUAUCAGAUAGAGCUUUAUUGGUGUGGUCCCCAACGUCUGAUAUAUCUGACACUAAGUUGGAUGAAUACAUAACCACAGCAAAAGAAAAAUAUGGAUAUAAUGGGGAGCAAGCACUAGGUAUGCUGUUUUGGCACAAGCAUGAUCUCAGCAGGGCAUCUAUGGACUUGGCAAAUUUUACACCUUUCCCUGAUGAAUGGACAGUUGAAGAUAAGGUCCUGUUUGAGCAAGCUUUCCAGUUUCAUGGAAAAAGUUUUCACAGAAUACGACAGAUGUUGCCAGAUAAAUCGAUAGCCUCAUUGGUUAAAUACUACUACUCAUGGAAAAAGACAAGAGCAAGAACUUCAUUGAUGGAUGUAGUCAGUGAUGGGCGAAACGCUACAGCAUCUGGUACUGGUAAAAAAGAUUCCACGGCUAAUUCAGAACCUGGUGGCUCAGAUAAAGAUUCUGACAAUGAUGAAAAGAAGUGGACUUACCACCGAGGUAUUGUCCGCGGAGGCAAGUCCCAUCCGUCGGGCGGGCCUUCGCUUCGCACCGGCCAACAAGCCGAGGGCGACGGCGGUGAGGGUGCGGGCAAAUGGUGUACCGUAUGCGGCAUUCUUUGCUCCCAGACAACGCCGCACAACUCGCAGAAACUUUGCCAGGCAUGCCUCGUGCACGCCAGACGCACGGGCAGCAUGAGGCCCCUGUGCGGGCCGGCCGGGCGGCGCGGGCCGGGCUCCAAGCGGGUGCGCUACAAGCACCGCUUGCCGCGCGGCAUUUACAUCAACCACGACGAUCUGGUCGCCAUGGCGACGGGCCCGCAGCCCGGCGACCCGCCGCAGCCCGGCCUCGUUAACCAGGGCGAAGCGAUGCUCAAGUCGAUGGACAGAGAGAUUAUAUCACUAAAGCGACAAGUACAACAAAAUAAGCAGCAGUUAAGUGCGAUGAAACGCAAAGUCGGCGACACUGGAGUGGAAGAAUAUAGGCCUGGUGAACCACCAGCUAAAAUCAACUCUCGCUGGACAAAUGAGGAAUUGCUGAUGGCCGUCACAGCUGUUCGGAAAUAUGGCAAAGACUUCCAAGCCAUAGCGGAGAUGCUGGGCACGAAGACGGAGGCGCACGUGCGCACGUUCUUCAUCUCGUACCGCCGCCGGUACAACCUCGACGCGGUGCUGCGCGAGCACGAGGCCGACCGCGGCGCGCAUAUACAGGCCGGUACUACAAGCACAGAUUCAAAUGAAAACAAUGAAGAGAACAAUAGCAGUAAUAAUGGUACUGGAUCUCCAAAAAACACCACUGCUAAAGAUGAAAAGACGGAGGUGGACAGCGAGGGCGUGUCGAUCGGCGCGUCCGCGGAGCUCGGCGGCGCGCCCACCACGCCGCCCAAGCAGAAGGCCGCCAAGUGAUGAGCUGAAACUUGAAAUUUUCGUCACAUUGCCUCGCCAAGCCAUAGUUAUCAGCAGACGUAACCUACAAAGAAGAUGAUGAAUAUAUUGCGUAUUUUCAAUGAUCAUAUUUCAAAUCAGUAGAAUCUUUGGUAAGCUUUUUUUCUAUUAAGAUAAAUCUUUCAUUAUUGAAAUUAAGAUUAAGAAGUAGGAAAUAAUAACUUAUUCCUGCAAAAAUACCUUGUACAUCAUACUAACAGGAUAAUAAUUUAAGUAUAGUAUAAACUUGUGAAUGAAUUAUAUUAUUCAUAUAAAUUAUCCUGUUAUAAAUACCAUAUUAUGUACAAAGAAUAAGUUAUUUCAAGGGUCAAGUGAAUUAAAACAGUUGAACAAUAUUUACAGAAAAUUAUGAAAUUUUAUAUUUUCUUCGAUUGUGUUGUAAUUAAAGAGUAAAAUCAAUUUGCAUAUAAAUCUACUCAGUUUCUGCGUAUUUUAAAAUUGACGAUUAUUAUUAUUUAGGUAUGUAGUUGUCAUAUCUAAUUAUGUGGUUUCCUUUUAUAUAAAUAAAUAUGAAAAGAUGAAUACUGUACAAAGUUUUAAGAGUGACAAACAAAUUGAUUACGAAAAUGGUGAAAAUAAUUGUAUACGUUAAGGUUUACGGAAGUGAAAACAUGGAUAUUAAUACUGUAAAUAUAAAAUAGGAUUUAGUUGUAAGAUAAAUGAUCACAAUGAUACAAAUGUAUCGAAUGUAGGUAGUUUUAGUUUCAAUAUUUCUGAAAAUCAUUGUUUAGGUUAUAAUUAUUUCCACUUGUAAAUAUUGUCUUGCCAUUUCAUUUCAGACGUUAUGUAUUUUAAAUAUUUCGCAAAUGCAUUAAGUUGUAAGGUUCAUACAUAUUUUAUGGUAUGUAGAUGUGUUUUCAUAUGCAUUCUCAAUAUAAUAGCACUACAGGCUCUAAAUACAAUGCUGCCGCCCGAAAUACUAUAGUACAAUAUUAAAUAUAGGUUCUAUCCAUGACUCUUUAAAUAUUUCGUUUAUCGUAUUUUCAAACGAUUAUCGAGUAACUCCACGGCUUAAAAUGCCGGUCCCGGGAUUUCUAAACUAAAAUUCAAUGUGUAUAAUAAUUGGGUUAUUUAAUUAUAUACAAAUGUUUGUAUGUAUCGUAUUAUGUGCUUUUCUAAUGGAUGUUCUGGUAAAAUUAACGCUUGUGGCACUGUUACAUAGUUAUCCACAGUGGUGACUUACAAAUGUGAUUUUUUUGUGAUUGUAACAUUGUUUAAAAUUGUAUAAAGAUUUUAUGUUAGAUUGUUCUCAUGCGUCUUAAAUCCAAAUUGUUGAUAAAAUAGUCUGAGUACUUUAUGUAAUUACAAUAAAAUGACUGCGUAAUAUUUAUUAUUGUUCACUUUGGAAUAGAUAGAUGUAAGACUGCAACAGGCGUUAGAUUUGCAAAUAUUUGAUUAAGGUCUUCAUCUAACAAGAAAUAACGCCUUUAACCCAUUGAGCCCCAAGCGGCCCGAUCGGUCCAAGACACAAUAGAUUUUCUAUUGUGUCUGUGGUUCCGGGGCCUGAGUUAUUAAAGUAUGAGAAUCUAACCAAUACGAUAUAGUUUCUAGAUACGUUGAAGCAAUAAUUAACAAACUAUGACAAAUGAAUUUUCUUAAAUAAUCCACC